GAGCUAUCUCCAUCUUAGCUCCAGAGUCCUUGGUUUCUGUCCAAGAACAAAUGGCCCAGCAUGCCUGCCAGGAUCAAGAACAAAAGGUAAAAAUGGCCUCCAAUCAGCAGGAAAGCACAUCCAUAGAAGAGACAAUGAGACCACAGGAAAGACAAGUAACCAUCACCGAAACCCUGUGGGACCAGGUCCUGACAGCUUUUAAGGAUAUACAAAAGGAGCUGCAAAAAGAUGCUCGGGUUCGAGGGAUGAGCAACUGCUCCGUGACUCCCAUGUCAUCUGCACGCAGAACUAGAAACAUCAGCUCUCCAGAUUUCUGGAUGACUCCAAAGUUAAGAAGAUCACAGUUCAGCACUGGAGAGCAGCCAUCAGCAGCCAGUGCCCACAACCUGAAGACACAGCUCCCUGACCAAUCAGCUUACUACCCUAGACCCUAAUUCUAUAAUCAAGGAAGAAGGACUUCUCUGCUUCUGCCAGCACAGCUCCAGUUGCCUGAAAGAGAGAAAAUAUUAGGCAGACAUCAUCAAUGAACCAGGAAAAGAGAGUGAUGCCCAUGGGUGGAGAUGCCAGGGUCCAUGGCUGCAGCUGGGAACUUGGAAAUCAAGUGAGACCCAAACACAUUCCAACUGCCAAGAAAAGAAACCAGCAAACAAACAACUGAUGAAAUAAAUGUGA